AUGACUGGAUCUUGGGUGCCUCGUGAAGACUAUCUGCAUUUGACUCCAUAUGGCCCAGAUUUGACGUAUCAUUGGGGACCUCUCUCUCCAAUGUGGAGACAAUGGGCAAAACAGCAACCCAUGCUGCCGAUUCUCUACCACCAAAUCCCCAACGUGUUUUGGCUCUUGACAUCAUCAUUGGCACUCGUCUACUUUAUGAGAACAUAUAGAAUCAUGCCGCGUAGGCCUACAUUAACACUGAUGAAGGCUCCAUUAUUAGCCAAAGUCAUGUGGCUUCACCACAUAACGCACACGCUAUUCUACAUUAUGGAACUACUUGUCACAGACAUGUAUAAUCUGUAUACCCCCAUGUUCUUUCAUCAUAUCGCAGCGUCAAGUCUCAUGACGUUAUGUAUGAUUGAACCAGCAAUCCUCUGUGUCGUGUACGUAAUGCCCUUCUUCAUUCACGGUAUAUUCUGGGUUCGAGGGGCUUCUGAAUUUGAUCUGUUGACGGUAUACAAUUACUCGCUGUUGAUUGCUGGUGUUUGGGGAACAUAUGAUGCUGCGAAACUACGAGUGGUGACUCCCACCAUACCAGUUAUCUGUCUGGCGUUGAGCUCGGUCAAUGUCUUUACAUAUUGCUGGAGCUAUCAAGGAUAUUACUGUCCACCACCUAUGCUACCACUAGACCGUAAAGCGGAACUCACCAUUGGCUUAAUCCUGUGGUUCCUCGUGCUCGUAUCAGGGUGUACAUAUAUAGGAAGACGGCAUCGUAAAAAUGACGUUGAUAUUGACCUGGACUUUAAUACUCUGCCAACAAUGGGUGACAUUAGAAUACACCGAACCUCAUCGUCGUCAUCAUGGAAUAUAUUGCACUCGUUAAGGAUGUGGACUACAAGGUGGAGACAUGCAGUGUCAUCUCCGUCACCAAAGUAUUCUCGUAUAAAUGGACUUGAAGCCAAUAAUAGCAGUAAUGGUGCAGGUGAAGCUGUAAUUAAUAUGUCGACCAUGUGGGAGGCUUCUCCACAGGAUUUAGGUCGUAGUGGCUUCUUUAUAAAUACUGAACAUCCACGAAAGAAUGUAUAG